AACCAACGAGCAACGACCAGUGUACUCCGCAGUAUCACUUCCCAGGACCAAAGCAGUGUAGGCAGCCACACUCCCGCUCUCCUCUCCUCUCCUCUCCGUCUUCCUUCCUUCCUCAUCGUCGCCAAUUGAAAAGCCUACGGCCGGGCCCGAUCGAUGCAUGCGACUCGCUCGGAGCUCCACAGCCUUUACUGCCGAAUUUAAACCCUUGGCCUCCACAACUUUUAAGAAGCCAUAGUGGUGGCUACUCCUCUCCGAAUCGGCCGUACCGGUACCGAUUCCUAACCAUUUCUCAGUGCGCGGGGGCGCUGGUGGUGGUGGGGAAGUAGUAACUGCGACGGCGGCAGGCACGCGAAAGAGCGCCUCCGCCUUCCCCCGCUCUCACGUGAUUCACACCCGCGCCCUCCCCCCUCCUCCGGGCCCCCCCCUCCCCGCCUUCUCCGCCGUCUAGCUAUAUAUCCAAAUCGCCAGCCUCCGCUCCUCCAUCAUCUCCCUUUCUACCGAGCUCGAACCUGCUGGCCAUCUUUGCAGUCAGGACUCAGGAUAGUGAGUGAGUGAGUGAGUGAGCUCGAUCAUGGCUGAGGCGGCGGUGGAGGAGGAACCGGUGGUGAUGGUGCGGGAGUACGACGACGUCCGCGACCGCGGCGGAGUGGAGGAGGUGGAGCGGGAGUGCGAGGUGGGCUCCAGCGGCGGCGGCGGCGAGAUGUGCCUCUUCACGGACCUCCUCGGCGACCCGCUCUGCCGCAUUCGCAACUCGCCGGACUUCCUCAUGCUGGUCGCGGAGACGGCAACCGGCGACGGCGGCGCGGAGGUAAUCGGCCUCGUCCGCGGCUGCGUCAAGUCCGUCGUCUCCGGCGGCUCCCACUCCAAGGACCCCAUCUACACCAAGGUCGCCUACAUCCUCGGCCUCCGCGUCUCGCCCAACCAUCGGAGGAAAGGGGUGGGGAGGAUGCUCGUGGAGAGGAUGGAGCAAUGGUUCCGGCAGAAGGGCGCCGAGUACUCGUACAUGGCCACGGAGCAGGACAACGAGGCGUCCGUGCGCCUCUUCACCUCCCGCUGCGGCUACACCAAGUUCCGCACGCCGUCGUUGCUCGUCCACCCGGUGUUCCGCCACGCCCUCAAGCCCUCGCGCCGCGCCUCCAUCGUGCGCCUCGAGCCCCGCGACGCAGAGCGCCUCUACCGCUGGCACUUCGCCGCCGUCGAGUUCUUCCCCGCCGACAUCGACGCCGUGCUGACCAACGCACUGUCGCUCGGCACAUUCCUGGCGAUUCCCGCGGGGUCCAGGUGGGACGGGGACGUCGAGGCGUUCCUCGCCGCGCCGCCGGCGUCGUGGGCGGUGCUGAGCGUGUGGAACUGCAUGGAGGCCUUCCGCUUAGAGGUACGCGGAGCGCCUCGACUGAUGCGCGCCGCGGCCGGCGCGACACGGCUGGUGGACAGAGCGGCGCCGUGGCUCCGGAUACCCUCCAUUCCGAACCUCUUCGCGCCGUUCGGGCUCUACUUCCUCUACGGCCUGGGCGGCGCCGGGACGGACGCGCCGCGGCUGGUGCGCGCGCUGUGCCGGCACGCGCACAACAUGGCACGGCACGGCGGCUGCGGCGUGGUGGCCACCGAGGUCGCCGCUCUGGAGCCCGUGCGCGCCGGCGUGCCACACUGGGAGCGCCUAGGCGCCGAGGACCUCUGGUGCAUCAAGCGGCUCGCCGACGGCUACAGCCACGGCCCGCUCGGCGACUGGACCAAGGCGGAGCCCGGGCGCUCCAUCUUCGUCGACCCCAGAGAGUUUUAGCUUCUUUUUCAGUUUCUUCUUUCUUAAUUAGACCAUGUAGGUUUUUUCUCCUCACUCUGAUCCGGCCUGCUCGUUCCAGAGCAGUGUGCCAGUGUUCCCUCCUGAACCUUCUGUGCUCCAAGGAUGCGGUACGUACAUUGCAUUCAGGCGUACGUACGUAUUCUCUGUUUCGGCCUCUCCUGAACAUGAGCUGCUCGAUGACUGCGACUUUGUCACCGGAGCAGACCGGAGUGGAAACCUGGUCGCCUUUUUGGUGCCUUUUGCUGCGUGGCAUUGCUGCGAGUAGAAAAUUUCGUCCGCUUCCUAGA